AUGGCGCGGUGGGAGAGGAUACGGCCAAAAUUUUAUGUGAUUAUUCAUUUUAGCUGCCUUCUCCUCCUCCAUUCACGCAGCGUCUCAGGUUGGUUGGACAGCGGCGCAACGUGGUAUGAUCUCCGCCAAGGCGCCGGCACCGGCGGUGGUGCGUGCGGGUACCAGGACGACGUGGAGAAGCCGCCGUUCUCCUCCAUGAUCGCGGCGGGCGGCCCCUCCAUCUUCAAGGACGGCAAGGGCUGCGGCGUUUGCUAUCAGGUUAAAUGCACCGGGAAUGCCCCUUGCUUCGGCCGCCCGGUGACCGUGGUCGUCACAGAUCUGUGCCCCGGCGGCGAGGCGUGUCUGGCCGAGGCUGCCCACUUCAACCUCAGCGGCAAGGCGUUCGAUGCCAUGGCGAAGCCCGGCCAAGCCGACAACCUCCGCGACGCCGGCGACAUUAGGGUCCAGUACCACCGGGUUCCAUGCAAGUGGCGCGGGCUGAACUAUCUCGCGGUGCUCAUCAACCACGAGUCCGGCGACGAUGACCUGUCGACGGUGGAGCUUCAGCAGCGCGGCCGUAGCUGGGCACCGAUGCAGCAGUUGUUGGGCGCGGUGUGGAAGUACAGCUCCGAGCCCACCCUGCAGGCGCCCAUAUCGAUCCGCCUCACCACCAGCGCCGGCAAGGAACUCGUCGCCAGCGACGUGAUCCCCUCCGGCUGGCAGGCCGACAAGACCUACCGAUCCAUCGUAAAUUAAACUACUGAUCGAGUGAUUGAUCGAUCGGUCUGUUGGAUCGAGUACCUAUGUUGAUUAGCUUCUUGCCUCUACAUGUAAUCCACAUCAAUUUGGAAUAGCUGCCUUCAUGCUUGAAAAAUUGCAAGUGACAUGGAAAAUUUGUUUGCCUGAA